AUGGAAGGGAAGGGAAGAAAACGGUGCUGGGAAGCGGUAAGGGCUGGAACAGGGGCAGGGGAGGGAGGCGGGGGAGCCGGCUGGGCACUGGGGAGUAGGGAAGGCCAAAGGCAGCAGAUGGGCAGGCCCAUGACUUCCCUGGGCUCCCAGCUCUGCAAGGCAGCAUUCCUGGCCACCAUCUUGCUGCUGCUGUGGGUCAAGGAAGUGAAGCCUCAGAAAGGCAGCCUGGACCCCAACGAGAGGAGUCAGAACGAGAAGAUACCCUCUACAGACCAGGAUCAAGAGCACUUUGAAGAGCACUUUGUGGCCUCCUCAGUGGGUGAGAUGUGGCAGAUUGUGGACAUGGCCCAGCAGGAAGAUGACAAGACUUCAAACACUGCAGCUCUUCGUGACCACCUAUUGGACCUAGCCUUCUGCUUCAAUCUGGCCAGCAUCAUGGUUUUUUUAUGA